GUUUACUCCGAUUUGAGGCUAUCGAUAUAAAAUGAUCUAAAUAUAUCGAUGGCUGCGAUAACGAUAAAGUAGUUUGCUCAGUGCGCUUAGGGGCGCCUGGACUCUUUAUAUAAUUUUAGUGUUUUCCAACACCAGCAAGUUGGCGUUCUUCUUUUUAAAUGAUUUUUGGCUUGUUAUUGUUUAUUUAUGAAAAUAAGAAAGCAAAGUGCAAGUAAAUCAAAGUAAACUAUGCUACCAUUCCGGAAUUAUGGAGAAACAAUCGAUGAGUACGAAGUACAGCACCUGCUGGGCAAAGGAGGCUUCGCGUGUGUUUACAAAGCAAAAUGUCUGCGAUCGCAUCAAAACGUGGCUAUAAAAAUGAUUGACAAAAAGCUCAUACAGGGCUCGGGAUUAUCGAACCGAGUUAGGCAAGAAGUGGAAAUUCAUUCCCGCCUGAAGCAUCCUUCUGUGUUGCAGCUGUAUACGUUCUUUCAGGACGCCAAUUAUGUGUAUUUGAUUUUGGAACUGGCCGAUAAUGGUGAACUGCAUCGUUAUAUGAACCAGCAAAUGAAGCGUCCGUUCACCGAAGAAGAAGCGUCCUCCAUUCUGCGGCAGGUGGUAGAUGGUUUGCUGUACUUGCACUCACACAACAUCAUGCAUCGGGACAUAUCGAUGUCAAAUUUACUGCUUAGCAAGGACAUGCACGUCAAAAUUGCUGACUUUGGCCUGGCGACACAAUUAAAGAGGCCAGAUGAGCGGCACAUGACCAUGUGCGGCACUCCAAACUAUAUAUCACCUGAGGUUGUUUCACACCAGUCACACGGCUUGCCAGCGGAUCUCUGGAGCGUUGGUUGUAUGCUCUACACGCUCCUGGUGGGGCGACCUCCGUUCGACACUGACGCCGUACAGUCAACGCUCAAUAAAGUGGUGCACUCCGACUAUACGAUUCCGGGCCAUCUGUCCUAUGAGUCGCGCGACUUAAUCGAUAAGCUGUUGAGGAAAAAUCCACAUGAACGCAUCUCACUUGAGCAAGUUCUCAGGCAUCCAUUCAUGGUAAAGGCCGGCGGAAGCACAAUAUCGUACACAACGCCUGGCGCGUCUGACGGCUAUAGUCAAAGUAUUGUCAGCGGAGACAGCGGCAUUGUCACAUUUGCCAGCAAUGAUUCAAAAAACUCACAUCGGCUACGUUCGGUUGAACAACAAUCCACACCACAAAUGCUGCCACAGAUCCAGGAAGAAUAUGGUUAUUAUCAGAAGUACGCGCCACAUGCAGCGUACAGACAAAGUUCAACGGAGACGUUGGACAGCACGGAAAUGGACUGGCAGAGGAUGGGACAGAAUGCACAGAAGGCUAAUUUUUUGGCACACUCCACGCCAGCAGCGCCUGUACCUGCUGCGGUCAUUCCAAAAGCUGGAAAGAACAAUAAUGAGCGCAUUUCCGUGCCCCCAUUAAACACGCUCAGAUUGCAACCAACGCGGUACAAGACAAAAAAUGCAAUCAUGAGUAUUGUGGCAAACGGCGAGGUAGUAAUUGAGUUUAUAAAGAGCAAAAGUAAAAUGAAUGAAGAUCGCAUCAUUGAUAUUUGCCGCAUAUCCGGCGAUGGACGCCGCAUUAUAAUACACCAACCUGAUCCUGGGCGAGGGCUGCCCAUACGAGAGCAACCGUCGGAACCCCAUUCAAGCGGCAUGGAUAACGUUUAUAACUAUGAUAAUUUGCCCAGCAAACACUGGAAGAAGUACGUGUACGCUGCGCGAUUCGUGGGCUUGGUAAAGAGCAAAACACCGAAAGUGACAUACUUUAGUACAUUGGCUAAAUGCCACCUAAUGGAAAACAUGGCUGAUUUCGAGAUGAAUUACUAUUCGGGGGCCAAAUUGACCAAGUCUCCCAGCGAAGGUAUUAAAGUGCUUGAUAUCCACAGCGUACAGCUUUUGGAUCAAUCGAGUUCCGAAGCAAAACGAUUGAUUGAACACAGCAACGAAUGUUUCGCCCAUUGCCUGAGCAUCUGCAAUGCACUGGAGCUGGCACAAACAGGCAGCAAUACUUGUUUUCCCGUAACGAUUGGACGACGACCCAUUGUAAAUACGUUGCCCUCACAACGGCCUGAGGGACUUAGGGAUACAACAAAUUUUGCGUAUUCCACACCAAAGUCGCAACAGGGCUCAAUAAACUUUUCCAUUAGCACCAUCUCAUCGAUGCGCAGUGGGAGCGAUAAUAUUGGAUCCCAGCUGUUAGCGUCCCAACAAAACGUCCCCAUUAAGCGGUUGAACAUACCGGGCAUAGGCACUGCCACAGAGCUGUCCCAUGGAAUUGUGCAAGUCCAAUUCUAUGAUGGAUCAGUCAUCUCUGUCAUACCUGAGGCGCACGGUGGUGGCAUAACAUACACGCAGUCAAACGGCGUCUCUACCCACUUCCCCGACCAUGACGACCUACCAUUAUCGGUAAGGGAUCGACUCUCGCAGCUGCCCCAGGUGCAGAUGAAGUUGAGGUGUGCUCCUCUGAUCAGUAGCAAAAAGUUUGACUGCAAUGCGAUGAACGCCAAGUCGACGGCGUCUGCGCCUUGGUACAAUCGUAUGCUAAUCUAAAGCCCAUAUUCUACAAUAUUUUUUUUUAAGAAAAAAGUAAAAUUUAUUUUGUAUUUUAAGAUAGCUUUCAUGUUUUAUAUGAAUAUAUAUAUAUUUUAUAUUUGA